UUAGAAGAACCUCUCUCACCGGAUACUUUGGAUAACCCAGUCUUGGAGGAUCCAGCGGAAUACAUCCUCCAAGAUGCAACUCUUACCUCUCCAGAUCUCCCUUGGAAUGAGGAGUAUAACAUGCUAGUCAUAAAAGACUAUGGUUGGUUGAAAAUUGGACUCCAACCAGUGACAGACUCGUCUACUACUCCUAAU